AUGAUUGUCGAUGUGUAUCGAUCGGAGCAAGCCUCACGCUUUGUUGGAAUGACUGAAAAUGACGAGGAUAAAGGAAGCGACCUGGUGCUUUUCUUGGAUAUUUUGUCUAAUGUCUUAUCGAAAGAUAUCCUUGAAGGCGGUGAAGACAACAUUGCUACUGGAGCUCAGGUCGCGUUAGCCUCUCUGGAGAUGCUUCUGAGCGUGAUGAACGAAUCGGUACUGAAAUUACCAGACCUCGCCAUGAAAUUCUUCCGCCUCGUGCUUUAUCUCGUCGAAUUUUCUCGGGAAGCACUGUCUGUCAUGUCUACGGAUCUUCUAGAAGGCAUGACAUCACAAUACGGCUCCGAAAUAGCUUGCACUUCAAUGGAGGCGCUAACUGAAAUUGUCAGUUAUUUUUUAGCAACUAACCAUCCUGUAGCACCACAGUUGGCGCAACAAUUUAGUGACACAAUUCCUGUAAGUGCUGAAAUUAUCUAG